AUGAUGAAAGAUAUCUUAACCUCUUUUAUAGAAAAUUAUUCUAUGAUUGAAGUUGGAAAUUCAAUUUAGAAUUUAUCAGAGUAUACUUUCAUAAAAAUUUUUAAUUCAAAUAAAAAAGAAAUAAAGCAAUAUCUUGAAAUCUUAUGA